AUGUCUAUUUGUGAACAAUACUAUCCAGAAGAGCCAGCCAAACCAAUUAUCAAGACCAAGUCCAUUCCUGGUCCUGAGUCUCAGAAGCAAUUGAAAGAACUCGGCGGAGUUUUUGACACAAGACCAGCAUAUUUCUUGGCUGAUUAUGAGAAAUCCUUAGGUAACUAUAUCACUGAUGUGGAUGGGAACACAUAUUUGGAUUUGUAUGCUCAAAUCGCCUCAAUCGCACUUGGUUACAACAACCCCGCUUUGAUCAAGGCGGCACAAUCACCAGAAAUGAUUCGCGCUCUAGUCGACCGUCCUGCUUUAGGUAAUUUCCCAUCAAAGGAUUUAGACAAAAUGUUGAAGCAAAUAUUGAAAUCUGCACCAAAGGGUCAAGACCAUGUCUGGUCGGGGCUUUCUGGUGCGGACGCCAAUGAGUUAGCAUUCAAGGCUGCCUUUAUUUAUUACCGUGCCCAACAAAGAGGCUAUGAUGCUGAUUUUUCUGAAAAAGAAAACAUAUCUGUCAUGGACAAUGACGCUCCUGGUGCCCCCCACCUCGCUGUAUUAUCGUUCAAGAGAGCGUUCCACGGUAGAUUGUUUGCCUCCGGCUCCACAACUUGUUCUAAACCAAUUCACAAGUUGGAUUUCCCAGCCUUCCACUGGCCUCACGCUGAAUAUCCAUCUUACAAAUAUCCACUAGAUGAAAACUCUGAUGAGAACCGUAAAGAAGAUGACCGUUGCUUGGCCAUUGUUGAGGAAUUAAUCAAAACCUGGUCUAUUCCAGUUGCUGCCUUAAUCAUUGAACCCAUUCAGUCCGAAGGUGGUGAUAACCACGCUUCUAAGUAUUUCUUGCAAAAGCUAAGAGACAUUACCUUGAAGCAUAACGUUGUCUACAUCAUAGAUGAAGUGCAAACAGGUGUCGGAGCCACCGGUAAACUAUGGUGCCAUGAGUACGCCGACAUUCAACCACCUGUAGAUUUAGUGACAUUUUCCAAGAAAUUCCAGAGUGCAGGAUAUUUCUUCCACGAUCCUAAAUUUAUUCCAAACAAACCAUACAGACAAUUCAACACAUGGUGUGGUGAACCUGCCAGAAUGAUCAUUGCAGGUGCCAUUGGACAGGAAAUCUCUGACAAGAAGUUGACUGAACAGUGUUCAAGAGUAGGUGAUUAUUUAUACAAGAAAUUGGAGGAUUUGCAAAAGAAAUACCCUGAAAACUUUCAAAACUUGAGAGGUAAAGGAAGAGGCACAUUCAUUGCCUGGGAUUUGCCCACUGGUGAAAAAAGAGACUUGCUAUUGAAGAAAUUGAAGUUGAAUGGUUGCAAUGUGGGUGGAUGUGCAGUCCAUGCAGUGAGAUUAAGACCUUCAUUAACAUUUGAGGAGAAGCAUGCUGAUAUCUUCGUUGAAGCAUUGGCCAAGGCAGUUAAUGAAUUAUGA